UCCCGCGAACAUCUUUCCCGCGAAAUUUGCGCGGAAGUUGAAGUCUUGAACUGAGUUGAAGUGGAACUCUUCAGAACAACUGCCGAACUCUGCACGUGUUUCAUCCACUGUUGGCACAAUAAUAAUUUCCAACGAUGAGUGAAGACACGAAUGGAGAGCCAACAACCUUAAACGGGGUGCAGAGCGAGGUGCCAGUUGGGAACAGUGAGGGGCCCAUUGGGAAGAGGGAGGACUACCUGGAGUGGCCUGAGUACUUUAUGGCGGUCGCUUUCCUGUCUGCUCAGAGGAGCAAGGACCCCAGCUCUCAGGUUGGGGCCUGCAUUGUGAACCCGGAGAAUAAGAUUGUGGGCAUCGGCUACAAUGGGAUGCCCAACGGCUGCAACGAUGACCUGCUGCCCUGGGCUCGCGCUGCUGCUGACAGACUGGACACCAAAUAUCCCUAUGUGUGCCACGCCGAGCUGAAUGCCAUCAUGAACAAGAACUCUGCAGAUGUGAAGGGCUGCACCAUCUACGUGGCCCUGUUCCCCUGCAACGAGUGUGCCAAGCUCAUCAUCCAAGCAGGUAUAAAGGAUGUGAUUUAUUUGUCAGACAAGUACCACAGCGCUCCAGAAAUGACUGCCUCCAGACGACUGCUUAACUUGGCGGGAAUCAAAUACAAGCAAUUUGUGCCGCGUCGCAGCAAGAUUGUCAUUGAUUUUAAUUCAAUUAACCACUCUGGAGGGAAGAACCUGUUGGGGUGACCGGGUGAGCUUGGUCUCCUUGAGCGGGCGGCGGCGUUGGCGGCUCUUUGACGGCCCUCUCCACGGCGCUCUUCCUGUGCCGCCACUGAUGCCUUCUGUUCUCUCCCUCUCCACACAAUCACACCGCUCACAAGCACCGCAUCUGAAGAAGCACCUCUGACUUUGAGACGGCGUGGAGUGUGUUUUGAUAUUUCCCUUUUAACGCACGCCUGCUUUUCUCUGGUAUGCUAAUCAGUUUGCGUGUGCGUGCGUGUGCGUGUGUGUGUGUGUGUGUGCGUGUGUGUGUGUGUGUGCGCCUGCACUUCUGGCACCAGCUGUAAAUAAACAAGUGGGAAUUGGGAGGUGGCAUUAGGGAGGUGGUGUUUUUAGUCUGUUUUACUUUCUUUUAGUCUUUUUUAGUCAACUUUAAAAGGAAACGUUUUAUUAUUUCUUAAAAUUGUAUUUUUUCUGUUAUUAAAAGCUUUGCCGUGUAAAAAGUGGCAACACUAUACCCAAGGAAGGUGGUCAUUUGCACACUGUUUAUUCACCUUAGUCAUUUUGUAAAUGGUUGAAUUUGUUACUCUUUCUGGGCCUUGGCACAUGUUUUUUAUAAUAGCAGGUAUAAUGCUAGUCCAUAUAAUAUUCCACAGCUAUCACUGAAGUACUUCCUUUCUGAAAUUGUUACUUUUAACUCCUAACAGCCAGGUUCAGAUGUAGUCAGUCUCUCAUGUUUAUUUUGAAGACAUUGAUGUGAAUGACUAACUAUUCUUCAUUAGAUGCCACAUAUUACACACCAAAAUACAUCCUCUGUGUGACUACACUACUGCUGUGACAAAAUAAACUUGCAAUCAACCAA